AUGUACGGACGCCCCGCUAUCCUCUCAAUAGAUCUACAACUGAAACAAGAGGACAUAUUAGAAACGCCCUUAGAACAAUCGCUAGAGCUACACAUUAAUAAAAUUACAAAACAAUUACACCAACAGAGGCUUCAAGCCCAGGAUAAUAUCCAAGAAGCUCAACAGAAGCAAAAAAAUACUAUGAUUGAGACGUUAGGCCUGUUAAGUUUAAAAUCGGAACGUAUAAGUUGCGGACGACCGAAGGAAGGAUCCUUAAAAAUUUGGUAA